GAAAUGGGUCACGGGCCGUAUCCGUCGAUAGGCGCUGGUGGUGGAGUCAAUCCUCAAGUACAACAAUGGUUCCGUGCAGUCGACAAAGACCAAUCUGGCUUUAUUACUGCUAAUGAGCUCAGGGCAGCAUUAAUAAAUGCUCAGGGUCAAUCGUUCUCUGAAACUGCCUGUAAUUUGAUGAUCGGGAUGUUUGAUAAAGAUCGCUCGGGGCACAUAAAUGUAGAAGAAUUUGAGAAGCUGUACACUUAUGUAAACCAGUGGCUGGCGGUGUUCAAGACUUAUGAUACCGAUCAAUCUGGAAACAUCGAAGAAAAAGAACUUGCCGAAGCAUUAACAAAAAUGGGAUUCCGGUUUACACCAGAUUUCGUGAACUUUUUGAUGAAAAGAUGCGACAGUGGGAAAGUUUCAGUGGACAGCUUCAUUGUGUUGUGUGUGCAGAUACAACGUUUCACUGAAGCAUUUAGAACACGUGACACACAACAGAACGGAACCGUUACCAUCGGAUUUGAAGAUUUCCUCACUGUUGCGCUAAGUUGCUCUAUUUGAGACAAGUAGUAAAAAUUAUUGGAGCUGACGCCAACACUAUUUGCUGUUCUACAUAAAGGACGGCAGCGUUAUAAUAAUUUAUUAAGCUUCAUAACUAUCCCUUGUUUCUCUAUUUUAUGACACUUUAUCUUGAUCAAGCAAUAAACGAAUGUGACCAUUAUAAUGACGUUAAUAAGUCUUAAAAUGUAAUGAAAUAGAUCUUGCCUAUUGUUAUUGCAAUUUAAAUAGAAUAUUUUGAAUAUCACUGCACAAUGCUAAGCAUUAUGGAACAAGCAAUACCCACCUGUUGAAUGAGAUCUUUAUUUUUAAUAUUAUAAUAUAUUAUUUUUAUACAAUAGACUUUGUUAAUUCCAGUUCUAUUGACGAAUCUAGCUAUUGCUUGGUAUGGGGAAAUAAAAAGAUAUUUUAAAA